AUGGCACGUGAAAAAAAUUCAGUCUUCACUACAGAAGCUGCAAUUUCUGAGGAAGAACAACCAGCAGCUUUUGUUGCGAAAGUUGUCACUCCUCCGGGAAAGAAGAAAACUCCGGGCAAAAGAAGUGGUGACGUAGGGGGCGGCGGAACUAAUGGUAACAACAUAUCAGGGAGUAUGUUGAGUCGUACAACGCAAAAAUCAGGAUCAGUUUCAUGUGGCGGCAAAGCAAGCACCACAAGUGGUCGUGGAAACAAGACUUUGGGAUGGUUCCUCAAUGACGUUUUGUUUGAGAACACGAGCAAGGGAAAUGUUGAAAUAAGGAUGUUAAUUUGGAAGACGUGUCACCAGAAGAGGGUUGUUAUGAAAUCGUUCAAGUGUGUACAAAGUUGUGAAACAUUUGACGCAUUUGAUCGCAUUGUAGCCGUUCGCAACAAUGAUUGGGGAUUUUGCAAGGCAUCUGUUAUUAUUGUGGGCUUUUUUGAUUUGACCGUGUUAUUAGGUUCAUCGUCGUCUUCGACGGAAGCGAAAACAGAUGCUGGAGGGAAGAUUGUAGGUGACCACAUUUCAAAUAACAAGAGUACAAUGCAUGAUGAGACAAAAAAACGUAACAAGCGUUCACGUCAGCGUCAGGUUAAAAAAAUGGCAGAAAGCAAGUUGGUCGUCUCGGCGCAGGAGGACUCGACUACAGGGAAAUUAACGCCCAAAUUGGACUAUAGCAAGGAUCAUUACUGGUACUAUGACCCCAUGAGCAAUGGAUACUACUAUGAGCAGAUGGGGUCCCGUGGCUGGCGACGGCAUACACCAGCUAUUGAACAUAGGAGGCUGCUGAUGGAACAGGAAAUGAUAAAGUUAUGGCGAGAAGCUGGAAGUCUUGCUGUACCACCGAUUGAAAUUCACGGAAAUGUGGCGUUUAACCAGAAUUAUUUUGCAGUUACUCCUCAAUUUAAGUAUGAUGCUGAAAGCGACGGAUUUUACUUCGAAAUGCCGUCUGUUGAUGGUUGGAAAAAGAGGCAGCCAAAUUCAAAUUCCAGUUCGAGUAUUUCGUCUAGUGGCUCUGCGUCAAAGUCCAGUUCCAGCUUCCCACACACACCUUUUGCACAAAUUGAUGAGGGUCAGACGAUUUCGUACGGUGCAGCAUUAGCUCGAGGUCAACUUCCGCCAGCGUGUACAGUAGCGCCAAAUGUUACUUACUUGCCGGAAGCAUUUUCGAGUGACACUUCUUCCAUGACGACACUCAGUGAAGGCGCCCCAACCCCCCCUCCUCGUAGUUACCAUGGUGUAAAUGGAGUUAUGGAACCGGAGGGUAUUGAAACCAUACUAGCGGACCACUACGAUAGCGCUCUGAAAUUUGAGGAAACACUUUCAUCAACAAUGGCUGGGUUGGAUGCUUGUAGAAAUUCUGUAAGUGUCAACGAAUCACUUUUGACAAAUAUCGCCACGAAAAAACUACCAACAUCGUACGCAGAUGUGGCGGCGGCGUCUUGCAAUGGCAAAAGAAAGAAGGAUAAUGACAUCAGCGAAAAUCAAGAGCCCCACCGUCCCGCAAGUCUCCAGCUGAGUGUGCAUAGCACCGAAUCUGGAGAAGCAAAUGUAAACGAAAAUGUGACUGAGCAUGAUUUAUUAUUGAACUUCAAUGCUGACAAAUUCAUUUCUGAUCUUUUAUCAUGUUAUCCUAAUCCGCAGAGAUUUAUGCGGGAUCUUGCUGCACUGAAGACACCUGUGGCGGCUCCGUCUCGUAUGUUUGGUUUAGAUACUUCUGCAGAUAGCAUUGACAUUAGGUCUGCAUGGUCUGAUUUGGAUGAGAAUGAAAAAUGCGGCUUGGUUGGAAAUGCCUGGUCUACUAACAGUUUAGAAGACGAACAUUCUAGUUUUGAUGGUGAUCUAUGGACACUAAGCAGCAAUGUGGGUUACCAGCCUCCCGGAAAAUCUAAACUUAGCAUGUGGUGUAAUAAUAAUUUAUUAACGAGCACUCUUAUUGAUAAGUAA